AUGUCUCAAGAACAAAAGCCAGUGAUCCUCUUUGUCCACGGUGCCUGGCAUCAACCAAAGCACUACUCCCAAUUGAUCACCUCAAUUGAAGCAAAAGGCCUCACUGUCAUCACUCCAACCCUCGCUUCCGCUGGCUACGAUGACUGUGUUGAUGGUAAAGAUCUAGAAGACGACGUCAAGGCCAUCCACGGCGAGAUCCUGCCCUACUUGGACAGCGGAAGGAAGGUCAUCGCUGUAGGACACAGCUACGGUGCUGUGCCGCUCCAAGUCGCCGUCAAUGGCCACACGCUAGCUGAGCGAGAGCAGAAGGGUCUGCAAGGUGGCUUUGCUUCCAUAGUUUUCAUCGCACCGACGCCUGUUUUGCAAAAGGGUAUUUCGAUGUAUGAUUCUGUUGGUGGACAGUACACAUCUGCUUGGUUCCACGAUGUAUCUGAAACACGCCUACCUCUAAAGAACGACAAACUGAUGAGCGCGUUCUUCAGCGACAUUGAUCAGAGUGUCGCUAAUGAGAUUAUUCCGACGCUUACCCAUCAGAGCAAAGGACCAUUUGAGGUCACUGUUCCCUGUACACCAGCGGACUUGAACAUUCCCAAGCUAAUGGUGCUCUGCGAGAAUGAUACUAUCUUUACCAAGGAUAUUUUGACAUUUGUCGCUGACCGAUGGGGAGCGAAGAUUUUGGAGAUUGAAUCUGGACAUAGUCCGCACUUGGUCGAGAAGCAUAGGGAGUGGAUUGCUGACUUGAUCAGCGCGGAGGGAGAGAAGGUGUUGUGA